AUGGGCAGCGGGGCCAGCCGCAAGCCGAAUGAGCCAGGGUCCACUGGCCCGGACUUGGAUUCCGCCGAUAUCCCGAUCCUCCCGGCCGCAGACGCAGAGCCUUCGAAGGAUGGCUCUGAGGGCUGUGCUGGCUGCUCCAUCCCUGAUGCUGAGGAUCGCGCCAUAACAGUCCAGCAGCUGCAAGAGCUGGUGAAGCACAUUGAGGCCCAGAUCAAGAAGGAAGUCUGGGUGGCACCUGGAGCUGUGAAGCCGGUCAAGCUCAAGGCCAAGUCUGUGAACUUGUAUGACGUGGUGGCCCGGCUGGUGAAGCCCGCGACGGAAGCCCGACGCUGCUCCUACGUGGAGCUGGUUGCAGUCGGCCCGCAGCGCACGCGCUGGUUUGUGUCGCAUUGGUGGGGUGAGCCGGUUUUUCACUUCGUCAGCUGCGUUGUGAAGCAUUCUGAGCAGAGGCGCCUGGGGUUGGAUUCCACCUACUGGGUAUGCGCGUACGCGAACAACCAGUGGGACUUGGCAUAUGACCUGGCCGCGACUCCUGCGGAGUCCUCCUUUCGAAGGGCACUGGAUGUGGCUGACGGAACGCUGUCCAUUCUGGAUGAUGCCGCGAUUGCCUACUCACGCGUCUGGUGCAACUACGAGAUGUUCGUAACCUUAGAGAAGGCCCAGGUGACCUCCCAUCUCUUCGACAUUUACACGUUCCACCAGCAUCAGCCGCGAGGAAUCACCGACGGCAUCUCCGAAGGAGACAAGCGCGGAUCCAGCUGGUGGUGGGAGGACCGGAAGUGGAACAGAGAGAAGAACUUCCCUGUCAAGCUCGCCGAGGCUGCGAUGCGAGCGCAGGUGCAGUGCGCUGAGGCAAGUGUGGACAAGGACCGCAUCAGCAUACUGAACGCGAUUGUCGGCGCGGACGUGAAUCAGACCCCACCGCUUGAGCACGAGCGUUAUGAUUUCGUCAAUUCCACCUUGCACGCGCGAUUUGCGUUGGCGACGCUGAAGUUGGCUGUCGAGAACGAGCUGCCGCUGGAAAACUACAUCCGAGUGAUCUCGAGAUCUCACACAAGUCGCGUUGACCUGUCGUUCAGGCAGUGUAGUUGGCAACCUGCCGGACCCGGCGCAUUCCGAAGUCAGUGA